AUGAGUCGUCAACAGUUACAAAACAUUACCAACGAAAAAAUCGAACGGUCAGAGAAUUCUCCUCCUACAAAUAUCAGCACAUCUGCGAAGGUUGUUAGCGUCUAUGACGGCGAUACUUGUGAUUUGGUUAUCAGCAGAAACGGGGGUUUGCAACGAUUCAAAUGUCGCUUGGCUGACAUAAACGCUCCAGAGAUGGACACAGGUCGAAAAGCAAAGAAAGCUCGCGAUUUUUUAGCGUGGUUAAGCAUUGGUAAAGAUCCAGCUGACUUUCCUGGCAGCAGCCAACCAUGGUCCGAAGUUCAGCUUCAGGAGCGGUUAGAUGCGAACAAAAUGUUGGUUCAUGCAGAAUUUGAAGAAGUUGGUUACUACGGAAGACCGUUAGUUAUCUUGAAAAAGACUGGUGGGGAUGAAGAUUCUUUUAAUGACCUCCUCAUGCAGUAUGGUUACGCUCAACGUUACCGCAAAUAA